UAAACAGCGCGAGAUCACAACGUUAAUUUAUUUCAUCAUAAAGUUUAAGUUUUUUAUAAAUUUCUAUAAAAUCUUUUAUGAAAAUUAUUUCGUCAACUCAGUGAAACCAAGUGCAGUGAUAAUUUUGUGUCGUAAUCAUAAAUCUACGUGAAGGUUAAACUUUUGCAAUGGACGCAACGAUGGAAAACAAAAUUGGUAUGCCACCUCCGUACGAACAAGCUAUGCCAAACCCUGCGCCGCCACCGUCUUACUUUGGCAACAACCCUCCGCCGCCACCAGGACUGGUGGUGCCGCCAACAGCUCCCCGUACCACAGUCAUCACCACACCUCCGACGUCGAGGCCUAGCAAACUCGGCCCGGGCCCCACAGGCACUACUUGCGUCACAUGCAACAAGUCCAUAGUUACGCGUGUUGACUAUGUACCGAAUAAUCGCACGCAUAUCGUCUCUGCAGCGCUUUGUAUUCUAGCCGGAUGUUGUUGUGGGUGCUUCGUUCCUUAUUGCAUGAGAUCGUGCAAAACUGCAAACCACUACUGUCCUCAAUGUCAAGCAUUCGUCGGUUCAUAUAUACCAUCCUGAUUUAUUUUGUGAUCUCACUAGGAUCUGUAUAAAUAUCACUAUUACGAAUUUAAGCUCAACAUUGGUCUUUGCACAUUUUUUUAAAUGAACAAAUGUAUUAGAACUAUAUUUUUGUCACUAUGUCAUAGAACCAAUAUCUAA